AUGGCUACACAAGAAGCGAAAGAGGUGGUCAAAAGUGGAUGGCAGGGCAGGACCUCGCUAUAUGCCACACCGAACGGCGCUACAACGGCUCCUAGAUCCCACCUUCAGAAGAGCCACCAUUCGCUGAUCGGUAUUGGGAGCUCUGAUGGAGGCAGUGGAGCUAGCGAUUCUGAGCCUAGUCCUCGCCGUCAGAAGACCCUUGAAGAGAGCCUAAGGAAGACGCUUGUGACCAGAGCGACAGGGCAGCUUUUCAAGGAUACGUUACUUGGUUGGCUAGCCGGCGCAAAUAUUCCGUUCUCCGGAAUCGAACACCCUCUUUUUCGCCAGCUCCUCUACCUCAUGAAUAAGGAUCUUCUACAGGAGGUCCUGCCUCAGAGCGGCGACACCAUCAGGGCGUGGAUGAAAGCGGAGUUCGAGGCUGAGAAAGAGCUCCUAAAAGAUGAGCUUGCAAGGUCACCAUAUAAGAAGCACCUAGCCUUCGAUCUCUGGACCUCUCCAAAUCAGUACGCUCUCCUCGGCAUUACCGUCCACUUCGUCGAUCAAUCACAACAGCUUCAAUUCCGCCUCCUAGCGCUGAAACGCGUAUUUGGGAGCCAUGGGGGUGAAAAUAUCGGUCUAGUCCUACAGGACGUAAUCAAGGAUUUCGGGCUUUCUGAGGCUGUUGGUUACCUAACCGCUGAUAAUGCAGAUUCGGGUGAUCUGGCUAUAAGAGAGCUAUUUCAGGCCCUUCUUCCCCAAAACGACUCGGUCUCGGUCUCGAGCAUCGCGUGCCAACGCCGAAUUCGCUGUGUCAAUCACGAACUAAACCUCUGUGCGACUGGCUUCCUCGAUGGUACAUUCAAGGAGGCAAUUAAGAAGCUCCCUCCUGGAUCAGAGGAGCGUGAACUCCUUCAAGAAGAAAACGACUUCCUCGAAAACUGGCGUCAAUCAGGCUCAAUCAACAAGCUUCAUAACCUAAUGGGUUGGAUCAGGAGAGGCGCACAACGAACGGAGCAGUUUCUUCAGCUUACAUGUGGUGAGCUGACAGAAGAAGAACUCCUCGAAUUCGGCCAGGUCUUGUGGGAUACUCGUGAGCUUGGCGGCUUGAUGGGCGCCUCGAAUCGCCGAGGUAGCAGCAUCUUUGCAGUACUUACUCGAUCACUUUCGUCAGCAGCGAAGCAUUUACAUCGACGAUAUCGUGAAUCCUGCGAUAAACGGCCCCGAGUUCGCUGGCACUACAAUCUUCGUUGGGCAUCAGCUACCGGCGUUGCAGCCGAUCGCGCCGCCCAGUCCAAGAUCUUCUCUGACCGACCGCAACGGGAGCGGCGCCAGCCUGCGAGAUACAGAGACGGCGCAAACGACGCGGAAAUAGCGGAAAAUGACAAUUCAGCUGCCUUUUCCGACCGAGAAAACCUUCAGGACUCUCCUGCUUAUUGGGCAGCGAUGAUCCUGCAUCCUGGUCUUAAGAAGCGAUGGAUUGAGAAGCAACUCUCUGAAGAAUACGCUCAGCGGAUCAUUCAAGGCUUCACGAAGUUCUUUGACGAAGAGUAUAACAAACAGGGCUCUCCAGUCCCCCGACAGUCGGUUCAGACUCGACCGAACUACCUCAUCGGCGAAGACUUCUACGAUAAGCCUGAGGAUUUCCUAUUGAAGGAUGAGCUUACUGAAUACUUUUCUAUGUCAUUAUUGCCUGUGGAGGACCCCCUGGAAUGGUGGCGCCAGCACCAGACUUCAUUGCCGAAGCUUGCAAAGAUGGCGUUCGAUAUCCUGUCAAUACCGGCCACUUCUUGUGAGGUGAAGAGAGUAUUCAGCCAAUCGAAGUUGACGGUAUCGACACAGAGAUGUCGAUUGAUGGACCAGACAGUUGAGCUGCUCGUUUGCUUGAAGUAUUGGCUGUCAAAACGGGGGUCUUGA